UCGCUUCGAAGAAAGUGGGAUUUUUCGCCGGGUUUGAGAAAGAGGCUUCGCGGAUGGGGAGGAGUAGAGACUGGGCUGAAUAAAAGACCCUUGCUGGAGCUGAAGGGCCGAAAGGUGUCCUUUGACCUCCGCGAGGAGUCACGUGGGAUUCCGGAGGCGGAGGCAGAAAUGCUGGUUAAGUUCCUUCCGGGUCAGAGACAGAAGCGUGAACUCCGUGGAGAUAGUUCCUGGUAUCCUAGGCUUGUGUGCAUCUUCCUUGUCCGAGCUCGAGGUGGUUGUGGUUUCGGCGAUGAGCUCCCAGAAAGGGAACGUGGCUCGUUCCAGGCCUCAGAGGCACCAGAAUACGUUUAGCUUCAAAAAUGACAAGUUUGAUAAGAGUGUUCAGACCAAGAAAAUUAAUGCAAAACUUCAUGAUGGAGUAUGUCAGCGUUGUAAAGAAGUUCUUGAGUGGCGUGUAAAAUACAGCAAGUACAAACCCUUAUCAAAGCCUAAAAAAUGUGUUAAAUGUUCACAAAAGACCGUGAAGGAUUCUUAUCACAUAAUGUGUAGACCAUGUGCCUGUGAUCUUGAAGUUUGUGCCAAAUGUGGAAAGAGAGAAGAUGUUAUUCCGUUUAAUAUAGAACCAGAAAAGACAGAAAAUGUUGAAAAUAGUUCCAGCCACAGAAGAAGCUGCAGAAGAAAUGAAGAAAGUGAUGAUUUAGAUUUUGAUAUUGAUUUAGAUGACACAGAAGAAGACAAUCAGAUGGAUUGAUAUAACUAUAUUAAAAGACAGUUUGGAAGCAUGAAAUUCUGAACAACUUUGAUUUUGAGGGUUUAAAGAAAAAUACUGUGGAAUACUAGUAAGGACAUUGGAAAAACAUAGAGAAAAUACAUGGACAAUAUGCAUUGUGUAUGAUAUUUGAAUAGUGAUAAAACUUUCAUCCAGAGUUUUCUUAUAAUACAUUUUUAAGUAGCAUAUGCUAGUAUAUCUGCCAAAAUGAGUAUUGGAGUAUCGUAUUGCAGUUCAUGGGAAUUAUUUAGAAGAAUAUACUAUCUAGUAUCAAAUUAAGCAAGAUUCAGAAUUGAUGCUUAUAUAGAAACUAUCUCAUGGAAAAAUCAGAUGACAUUAUUAUGUUGCUAGCCUCAAAAAUUGGUCCUCAGGAGGUACCUUUUGAUAGAUUGAUCUCAGGUUAAUGUCCCACGUAACAAAAGCCCUCUUGCUUACGCUUGCUUGUUGUAAAGCAAAAAGUUUGUUUUUUAAUAAUAAUGUUUAACAAGUAUAUAGCAGUUUUUCUUUGAAAAUGUUUUUAUGUAUCUUAUCACGUUAUUUUUAACUUUUUUCGCUUAUGAAAUUUACAUACAGAAAAAAAUGCAUAAAAUCUAUAUGUAGAGUUUAACACAUAAAGAAAAAUCAUACAUUUAUCACCCACGUGAAUAAAACACUCCUAAACAAUAUAAGUUAGCUUUGUCUGAUUUUUGAACAUUUUUUUCUAUCUUUUUGUUUUGAAAAAUCUCAAACCUCAAGAAAAGUAGCAGUGUAGUACAGUGAACCUUUGUAUGCUCUUCACUUAGAUUCACAAUUGUUAACAUUUUGCCACAUUUUCUUUAUAUUUGAAUAGAUAUAUGGAUAUAUUUUUUAUUUGCUGAACCAUUUGAAAAUAAGUGGCAGGCAUUGGUUUCAAACUUUAUAUGAACAGACUUAUACUAUGCAUGUUAAUUUGUAUCUCUUCUUAUUUCAUUAUUAUGAAACUUGUGAAAUUGAUCCAUGUUGUUGCAAGAGCUCUAAUUUGUUAAGAUUACAUUUUUAUUCUACAUUUUUCCUCUCUAAUACUGAGGGACAUUUGAGUUAUUUCAGAAUUUUCCUAUAACAAACAAUACUAAGUGUUUCUUGGUAUAAGUGUCUUAUUUCUUGGUAUAUUUUCUGUUAGGUAUGUAAUAGAAGAAGAUUGAAAUGUUUCCUGGUGUACUUCUCUUGUUUCUUGCUACAGUUUCUGUUAGGUGUGUCUAGCAGUGGUAGAAGGCAUCAGGUAUAUAUGCAUCUUCACUAUUACUAUGUACUAUGUAAUGCUGUCUUUCCAGAAGGAUUGUUAUCUCCCUUCCCCAUAGCAAUGUAUUAGAGUUCCUGUGCUCUGCAUCCUUUCCAACACUUGGUAUCAUACUUUUAAAUUUGUCAGAUAUGUGUGCAACAUAUGUCUUUGUCAUAUUAAUUUGUAUUUCUCUAAUUACUAAUGAGCUUGAGCCCCCUUUAAUGUUUAUUGACCAUUGGUUUUUGGGUAAUAGAUGAUAUUAAGGAAUCAUUUUGCUUAGGUGUAAUAAUGUUAUUUGAGAGAUACAUAUUGAAAUAUUAAAGGGUGUAUAGUCAACUUACUUUAAAAUAUUUUAAGCAUAAAAAAGUAGAGAUACAGGGCUUCCCUGGUG